UGUCUCUCUUUUUCCUCUUCCAUUUCUGUCUCUUCUGGCCAGUACACCACCUCUCUCUCACACUCUCUGAGGAAUCAGAGGGUGUUGAGGAGGAGGAGCUUCCAUCCCUCCGCCCCGACCUACCCAUCAAUUAGAAGAUUUUAUUUCUUUUCAGGGUUGAGUAUCAUUUAAAGAGUAAAAGGGUGGUGAAGUUGACGUGGACUCCAUUUAAUUACCCGGUUGCUAUAUAUUUGUAUACAAUCAUCGUUGUUCUUUGUGUUGGUGCUGGAUGGAGAUCUUUGAGGAAUUGGGGUUAAGUGGUGAUCUUGACUUUCUUUCGGCUCCCCUCGAGGAAGAUGAGGCAGCCCCAGAGCAUGACCCAGAGGCAACAGUGGAGGAGGAUAGCAGCGAUGAAGAAUUGGGGGUUGAUGAGCUUGAGAAGAGGGUGUGGAAAUAUAGAAUGCAACUGAAGCGGCUUAAGGAACAAGAUAAAGGAACAGAAGGAGCUGACAAUGCAAGGCAGUGCCAACCAAAGGAACAAUCUCAGAGGAAGAAGAUGUCACGGGCACAAGAUGCAAUCCUGAAAUAUAUGUUAAGAAUGAUGGAAGUUUGCAAAGCCGAGGGUUUUGUUUAUGGGAUUGUCCCCAAAAAAGGUAAACCAGUGACUGGUGCUUCUGACAAUCUUCGUGAAUGGUGGAAGGGAAAAGUAAGAUUUGGUCGUAAUGGCCCUGCUGCAAUUUCUAAGUAUCUGGCUGAACAUUCAAUCCCUGGGAAGAAUGAAGACUCCAAUGCAGUGGCAUCAACUCAUCACACCUUACAGGAGCUCCAAGAUGGCACUCUUGGUUCACUUUUGUCGGCUUUGCUUCAGCACUGCAAUCCACCCCAAAGACGUUUCCCCUUGGACAAGGGUGUUGCCCCACCUUGGUGGCCCACUGGCAAUGAGGAAUGGUGGACUCAAUUGAAUCUGCCCAAGGAUCAGGGUCCUCCACCAUACAAGAAGCCUCAUGAUCUGAAGAAGGCUUGGAAGGUGAGUGUUCUCACAGCUGUGAUAAAGCACAUGUCGCCCGAUAUUGCCAAGAUCCAGAAGCUUGUUCAUCAGUCUAGAUGUUUGCAGGACAAAAUGACUGCUAAGGAGAGCACUACUUGGCUCGCCAUCAUUAACCAGGAGGAAAAUUUGGCCCAGAUGUUAUAUCCUGAUAGAUUUCCACCUCCAUUGCCUCUUUGGAGUGAGUCUUUCGCAAUCAGUUGUACCAGUGAUUAUGAUGUUGAAGUGGUUGAUGACGAACAGAAUAAUGAAGUAGAGGAUUGCCAACCUCUUUUUAAUCACUUCAAUACUGAAACCGCUGGACAAAGAGAUGUACCGAUGCAUCAUAUUAAGGGAGAGCUGGUUGAGACCAAUUCGAACUUUGGUCAAAAGAGGAAGCAGCUGCCUGAAGAGCCACACAUGAUUCUAAAUCAUCAGAUUUACACCUGCGAAUAUCUGCAUUGCCCGUAUCAUGAUUAUCGCUUAGGCUUUCUCGACAUAACUGCAAGAAAUAAUCACCAGUUGACUUGUUCACACAGGAAUAAUUCUUCACAAGUGUUUGGAAUGUCAAACUUUAAUUGUAACAGUGACAAACUUGGGGGCUCUCUACCCGCUUCCCAACCUAUUCCAGCUAUUCAACAACAAGUGAACCAGACAAGUUGUUUGAAUGCUUCGGGACAUGGAGUUGCUGGGGAUGGGCAGAAAAUGAUAUAUGAGCAUGUGUCAUUCUAUGAUAGUAAUAUUCAGCAGAGCAAGAACUCGGAUCCUGGAAGUCUCAAUGGUAUAGAAGACAACAACCAGCAUCAGGUGAAUUAUCAAUUUCCGAUGAAUGAUAACUUCUUUGAUCAGGGGGUGGUUAUGGGACCCAACAUGUCUGAACCGUCACCUAUACCUAUGCUUCCUCCAGCUACUCCAGCUCUCUUCUUUGAUCAAGGGGUGGAUAUGGGACCCAAUCUCUUCUUUGAUCAAGGGGUGGAUAUGGGACCCAACAUGUCUGAAGCGUCGCCUAUGCCUAUGUUUCCUCCAGCUACUCCAUCUACCCAAGCUCCUCCAGCUCUCUUCUUUGAUCAAGGGGAGGUUAUGGGACCCAACACAUCUGAAGCGUCAUCUAUGCCUAUGCUUCCUCCAGCUACUCGAGCUUCUCCAGCUCCUCCAGCUCCUCCAGCUCUCUUCUUUGAUCAAGGGGGGGUUAUGGGACCCAACAUAUCUGAAGCGUUGCCUAUGCCUAUGCUUUAUCCAACUCCUCCAGCUCUCUUCUUUGAUCAAGGGGUGGUUAUGAGACCCAACAUGUCUGAAGCGUCACCUAUACCUAUGCUUCCUCCAGCUACUCCAGCUCCUCCAGCUCUCUUCCUUGAUCAAGGGGUGGUUAUGGGACCCAACAUGUCUGGAGCGUUGCCUAUGCCUAUGCUGCAUCCAGCUACUCCAGCUCCUCCAGCUCUCUUCUUUGAUCAAGGGGUUGUUAUGGGACCCAACAUGUCUGAAGCGUCGCCUAUGCCAAUGCUUACUCCAGCUACUCCAGCUCCUCCAGCCCAAUUCACAAAAACUCAGUUUGAUCCGUGCAACUUAUUUGAUUAUCCAUUUGGUAACCAUCCCUAUAAUGCUGACAACUUAGGAUUUGGCACCAACUUGCCGCAAGGUGACUAUAAUGUUGACUCGCUGCUGGAGCAAGGUCCAUUUUGGAUGUGUUGAAGCUGGGUUUUCUUACUUUGACUGCUCCAAUAUAUGAAUAAGGAUGUUCAUAUGUUAGUGGGCGGGAGAGGGAGGUUUUCUCAGCACAGUUCAGGUUUUCUAGACACAGUUCAGAUUAUCUCGACACAGUUCAGGUUAUCUCGAGAUAAUUCAGGUUUUCUUUAGGUUUUCUAGACACAGUUUAGCAUCCGAUUGGGUGAAAGUUCUCAAGUUAGUUGUUUAGUUUCAUCGGUCGGACUCUUUAGAUGUUUAUACCCUCAACAACUUUGGGGAGUUUCUCUAACUGCAAAUUUGACAUCCAAGUAUAGGAUACAUAGUUGUUCUCAGUGCAGUACAUCAGUUGAAAUGGUUUAGACACAGUUUUGGGUUGAUAAAGUCAUCGUUGGCAUUUAUUUAUUUAAUGCAAUCUGUACAUACAUUUAUGUAUGGAGAAAGACUUACACGAAACAGAUUCACUGUCACAGUGACAUCCGAUUCUAAUAAAACAAUGAAAUGUGUGAGUUUUUUAACACUAA